AUGUCUUGCUGCAGACCCUGUCCCCCACGGCCCUGCGGCCCCUGUGGCCCAACGCCCCUUGCAAGCAGCUGCACUGAGCCCUGCCUCGCCCGCUGCGCCGACUCCACGGUGUACAUCGAGCCUUCGCCCGUGGUGGUGACCAUGCCGGGCCCCAUCCUCACCUCUUUCCCUCAGAGCACAGCCGUGGGAUCCUCUCUGUCAGCUGCUGUGGGCAGCUCCCUCAGCACCGCGGGGGUUCCCAUCUCUUCUGGGGGCUCCCUUGGCCUGGGGGGGUCAGGCCUGUGUCUGCCUCUCUCCCGCUGCGGGCAGAUCUGCUGA